CCCUUCACCCGUGUCGGGGAGCCGGGAGCCGGCCCCAGCGGGAGAGAGCGCUCCAGAUGACGCUGAAGGGGCAUUGACCAUGGCACUGCUCUUGGCCGUCGGGGGCGCGACCUGGCGUUGCUCGGGUCGCCUCCCCGCGCGUCAUUUCUCCCGAGCGGCGCGGCGUGGGGAGCGGCCAGGCGGGGAGGAGCUGAGCCGCCUGCUGCUGGACGACCUGGCGCCGACCUCGCGCUCUGCGGGGGGACUGGAACUUCUGUUUGGCCUGUCCCCUUGUCUCCUGGCCCUGCGGGCCGCCCGUCGCCGCGUGACCAGGCUCCUGCUCCAGGCCGGCAGGUCCGGGCUGCAGGGGGAGAGGGCCGAGCUGCUCCGGGCGGCAGAGGCGCGGGACAUCCCCGUUCUGCGGCCCAGACGGCAGAAGCUGGACGCCCUGUGCCGCUUUCAGGUCCACCAGGGCGUCUGCAUGGAGGUGAGCCCGCUGAAGCCUCGGCCUUGGACCGAGGUCGGGGAGGCGAGGCCAGGCGACGACCCCCAGCAGCUGUGGCUCGUCCUCGAGAGGCUCCAGGAUCCCCGGAAUCUUGGGGCCGUGCUGCGUUCUGCUCACUUCCUCGGAGUGGAUAAAGUCAUCACCAGCGGGAGAAACAGCUGCCCACUCACUCCGGUAGUCAGCAAGGCCAGCGCGGGGGCUCUGGAGGUGAUGGACGUGUUCUCCACUGAUGACCUGGCCGGCUUUCUACAGGCUAAAGCCCGGCAGGGCUGGCUCGUGGCUGGCACGGUGGGCUGCCCAGGGCCUGAGAUUUCCCCGUCCUCUGAGAUCCCCACCAUUAGCUGCUUGGAGUUCCUCUGGGACCGGCCUACUCUCCUAGUGCUGGGUAACGAGGGCUCGGGCCUGUCCCCGGCCGUGCAAGCCUCCUGCCAGCUGGCCCUUACCGUCCUGCCUGGCCGGCGGCUGCCUCCUGGACUGGGGUCCUUGAAUGUCUCCGUGGCUGCAGGAAUUCUUCUUCACUCCAUUUGCAGCCAGAGGAAGGGUUUCCCUGUGGAGGGGAAGAGAGAGCACCUUCUCCAAGACCCCUGAGGACCCUCAGCCACACCAGAAGGGCCCGGAGUGGCGCAGCACCCAGGACUGGCCUCAGGAUCAGAACAAAGAGAGGCGGAACGGGAGCUGACUUGGACCGAGUUGUGUGUGCCAGCAGCCCCCACCUGCUCCCCCUUCGCCAAAGAGGCCUCAGAUGUUCUGCGCGGCCAGGACCCGGGGUCUCUCCCCGGGCACUGUGGCCGCCUGGUCCCCAAGAUAGGGCUUGGGGACAACAGAAAGAGCGAGAACGAAGAGGAGGAAGAGGAAGGGGAAGGGGGGCGGAGAGGAAGGCGGGGGGCGCCGCCGCGGGGCCGCAGGCGUCCCCCUCCUCGGGUCGACCCGGUGGCGGCGGGGGGCCGGCGGCGGCUUCGUUGGCGGCCGCUCGGGAGCAACCUUGAGCGCGGGCGCUGCGACAGUGAUUUAGGUGCUGGCAUUGGAGCGUGA